AUGAGCUCCACAACCACGCGUACCAGCGCAGUCGUCGACGGCAGCGCUGUCGGCGGCGGCGGCAUCGGCGCGCAGGCUGCUCGCCCCGAGCCUCCACCGCUGCCCGAAAAGCUCCAGGGCCUCCUCGACCGCGUGCGUGCGAAUCAGUCCGACGUCAACCUCUUCUCCGACCUCCUCCAUGCCGCAUGCGAAUACCUCGACUCGGGCAAGGCAAAGCAGUCCCACAUCUACUGCUCGCAAGCAAGGCCAUGCGACUUUGAACUCGAAUCAUGCAUGCUCCGCAUCUUUAGCUUCCGCGCCAAGGAUCAGAUUGACAGGUGGCGCACUCGCAUCACCUCCGCCAUCUACUCCAACUGCCUCGACUGCUACAAGGGCUUCCUCAGCGCAAAGCAUCGCCUCCGCACCGUCUACCUCUCCACCUUUCCCCCCGACAAGCUCGACGCCUUUUUCGCCUACAUCGACGUCGUCGAGGAGGAACUCGCUCUCGCCGCACUCGAAAAGGCCGGCCAAUCCCCCGGCGACGUCCUCCGCAAGCUCUCUCGCGCCGAGAUCUACGCCGUCCUCACCUUGGUCGCUUCGCCCACCGCACACAAGCUCCACGCCGCUUUCAAGCAGCUCAUCAAGCUAGACCAGCUCCCCAACAUCCAAGAGAUCCCAGCAGGCCUCUUCACCCUCGGCAUCGACGAUGAUCCAACCGUACGCGCCUUUGCCGCGCGCCAGCUUCUCCUCCUCAAACCCCUCCCACACGACAUGGCCAUCCUCUCCGCCUUCCAGAGCGCAUUCGAUCGUGUCCGCAAACGCUACGCAGACGAAGCUACCGUCGCAGACUGGUCCCUCCUCUCCGUCCUCAUCAACAACUCCGUCAACCUCGCCGUUCUACUCACCCCGACCAUCCUCAGCCAUGUACACGACCGUCACGACCGCUUCACCGACGUCCUCAAGGCCUACUCGGUCCUCCUCAAGCUGCGCGGUCCCGCAGUCUGGUUCAACAUGAUGGCAGAUGCGGCUGCCCAGGGCAGACCCGACGACGAGUAUCCCACCGUCAUCCUCUCCGGCAUCCUCGACAACCCUCACUUCACCAAAUCGCUUUUUGACUCGUCGCGCUCCGUCAACAACCCGCGCGAAAAGGCGCUCUUCUUCGGCUGGAUGCGCAGCCACCUCGACAGCCUCCGCUUGGUCGGCGGUCAACUGUCCAGCGAAGCCAUCAAGCGCAUCGCCAACUUCCUCUUUGAGCGCAUGCAGCAGGGUCACGUCCCCACCGACAGCCGCGCCGUCGCCUUCACAGAAGCCAUCGACCUCGUCCUCCACCACGCAGACCAGCACAACAGCAGGCAAGUCGUCGACCUCUACGCCGCCCCCAUCACACAGAUCGCACUCGCCAAGGACAGCAAGGCAGACGACGCAACCCGACGCGCCGCGCGUGAUCUAAUCGCACAGGCCUUCGAGCGCGAUGCCGCCAACCUCGUCUCGGCCUUGGAGAAGCUCUCGGCGCUUUCGGCGCGUAACAACAGCUUAAGAAGGGAAAAGUUCAGGGGACUGCAAAACGCAAAGAGCUCGUCAGAACUGGCCAAGUUGAAGGCGGCCUCCACAGCCUUCUACGACGACCUAGCAAAGCUUCAGUACCCGGCCCUCGAAGUCUGCAGCGUCUUGUGGAGGGAGGUCUACAAUGUCACCGGCGCCGGAUCGUCCGAGGAAGGCGCCAGCAUCCUCCUCGCCGCCUUGGCUCGCAUCGCGAUCUGCACGCCACCCACCUUGCAGACGCACAUCUUCAAGCCAGUCGCUACCGAUAUCCCGCCAGCACACUAUGCCCACGAGUCUCGCGUGCGGCAAUCCAUCGCCAGCAUCCUCAGCGCCUUUCGAUCCAUGCGUCGCACCGACUUUGCCGCGCUGCUCGCCGACUUUGGAGAGUUUGUCCGCGAGGACGAAUUGCAGCAGCUCUGCACCUCGGACGCCUACAGCCUGCUUCUGCUCAAUCUCUGCCCGGAUCCGGACGUGUACAAGCCCGCGCAGAACCUCCUCCGACAGGCGUUCAGCUCCGUCGAGAGUCGUGCCGACUGCUUCCGCAUCCUCUUUCAGAUCAACCAUACCGCCUCGCUGCGGGCCUGCGCCGACUACCUCCCGCUCUUCAUCAACGCCACCGUCAAGAUGGUCGAGGCCAACGACCUGGCCAAGUGGAUGGUGCGCAGCUUUGCCGACAUCGUCGAGGUGCUCGCCGGCAGCACAGACGGCCUCCUCCGCCCAGGCACUUCCUGGACGCUCGUCGAGGAUCGCUCCACGCUACAGGCCGUCGCGCUCAAGGCGCCCACCAUCUGGCGUCUGAUGUGCGAGAGUGUCGCCUCCAUCUUCAAGCGCACGCCCGCAUGGUCCAACCUCCUCCCGCGCGAGGAGAUGGUCGCAUGGUUCCGUGACGUCACCAUCUUUGCCUCGGAGAUGGUCGAGGCCUUGGCCGUCUUUCGCAACGUCGUCCGUCGCGCUGCCGAAGCGCCAGGGCGAUGGACGGGCAAGUCGGGUGCCGACGAUGGCGACGAGAUCGACCUCGCCGAAGACGAGAUGAUGGUCCGCGCGCUCGCCCUGCCCCUCGAGUCGGCCACGAGCUGGCUGCGCAUGAACGACGAAGACAUCCUGCGCGAGACGCACUCGUUCAUCCUCAAGGCGCUCGACCAGUUCGGAGGCGAGUACGACCUGCCCACCAAGUCCAAGACAAAGAUGCUCGGCUUCAUCAACGAGCAGAUGGCCAUCAAGGACGCCUCGGCAAGACACACGCUGCUCUCCCUCGACGAGCUCGCUGACCUCAAAGUGCGUCUCGAUCCGGACACGGGCGUCAUCGAAAUCAGCGACGAAGACGAGGACACCAAGACGACGCAGUCGACCGCCGGCGCCUCGAGCUCCGCCCCCCAAGCGUCGGGGUCCUCGUCGGCCUCCAAAGAUGCCUCCCGAUCAUCCACCUCCUCCGCGUCCGGACGCACAAAGACGGAAGCCGAUAACUCUCACUGGUGGGCUGGCGUCGGCAAUUUUGGGCUCAAUACAAAGAGUCAAGAGCGACGCAAGAACAGACUCAAGCAGUCCAAGCUCAGCUUUGCCAAGGUCGACCCGAAAGAUGUCAUCGACAUCGACAGCGACGAGCGCUCCACCCCCGCAUCGGCCAAGAAGCCAAUCACACUCGACUUUACCCGCCCCAAAACUGCGCCCGCGCCCGCACCCUCCGCUCCCAUCAAUGCGUAUCGCGGAGCGGCUGCGCGCGGUGUGGGCCCGUCGCUUGCAGGCACAUCUGCGAGCUCCCGAAACAACAUCCCCAAGGCGAGCACCGGCAAGAUGGCACAAUUACGCCAGGAGCUCGGAGGCGCGAGCCGCAACUGGAAGCCCCAGAACGUCAAUGUGCGCUCGAACGACACACGCUGGGGUCGCAACCACGACGACGACGUGACGGUCAAGGCGCCCGCUGCUGUCAGCUCCGUCACCGGCGCCCUAAUCAACAAGAUGCCCGGACCGACCACCGAUGCAGCCAGAGCGGCCGCUGCGCGCAAAAAGGCAGGCAGCACCGACAGCGAUGCCACCACCUCGUCGUCGUCUUCAUCCGAGUCGAGCGACGACGAGACCGAGGCCAAAGGCCUUGCGGCGUUACGCGCCAAGCCGGAUCGUCCCCGAAUCUCGAAACCCGCCCAACCGCAGCGGCGUCAGAUGAUCGUCAAGGAGGACUACCACCUCGAGCGCGCCCGACGCGAGCGCGCCGAUGCCGAGCGCAAACGCAUCCUGCGCAGCCCGCCCGACUAUUCUGCGCUCCACAGAAGCAUUCUCUCCUGGGCGUACGACCACGAAGGCGACCGUCCGCCCCAAUUAGGUGGCCACGAGACCAACUACCGACGCGUCCAGGCUCAAUUCUCGAACGCCGGCGACUAUGGAUCCGUGUUUGGUCCGCUUCUGUUGCUCGAGUGCUGGGCACAGUUUCGACAGGCCAAGGAGGAGGCCGAGGGCUCCAACGAGCCGACCGUGCCGCUCGAAGUCGCGGGUCGAUCGACGGUGGACUCGUUCAUCGACAUCAACGUCACCAUCGCUCCGGAUCUGCUCCCGCCCACCGUCAACUUUAGCGACACCGAGAUCGUGCGACUCAAGGAGAGGACGCCAGCGAUCUCGGGCAAGCAGCCGAGGAUCGUGCUGGCCAAGGUCGAGGCGUUCAAGCGCCAUCCGCAGGGACACCAGUUGACGCUGCGAUGCUGCCUCUCCCAGGACCGCCAGGGCGUCAGCACGGCCCUGGUGAAUCGAUCCAAGUGGGAGCUCAAGAAGCUCUUCUCGCUCACCACGCUGCACCGCGAGUUUGCGGCGUUGAUGGCAGCGCCCUACUUUGAUCUCUUCUCGGACGUCAUCAAGGCGCGCGUGGCGCCCAAGCCGACGCUGUCGGGCGAAGAGGUGAGGAAGGCCAUGCAAGGGUAUCAGGUCAACGAACCUCAGGCAAGGGCCAUCCUGGGCUCUCUCGCCACCGAAGGCUUUUCGCUCAUCCAAGGACCGCCAGGUACGGGUAAGACCAAGACCAUCUGUGCCUUGAUCGGCGCGUUCGUUUCGAACCGCAAGGGUCCAUCUACCUCGGUGCAAGCAGGUCAAGCGCAGGGCAAGGUCGGGGCGACCAAGAAGAUCUUGCUGUGUGCGCCGAGUAAUGCGGCCAUCGACGAGGUAGCCAAGCGUGCCAGGGCGGGCAUGCGGCUGGCGGACGGCAAGACCUUCCACCCCAAGGUGGUGCGUGUGGGUCGAGACGACAGCAUGAACGUCAGUGUCAAGGACAUUUCGCUCGACUACCUGAUCGACCAGCGCUUAGAGAGCGGCGGCGCGUUCGAUGCGAACCGGAACAAGGCGGGCGCGGACCCGAGCGCGCUGCACGCCGAGAUCCACAGCCUCAAGAUGCAGCGCGAGCAGAAGCAGGCCGAGCUGUCCGAGGCGCGUGGCAGCGGAGCGCAGACGCUCGUGACGCAGCUCGAGGCCGAGAUCCGCAACCUGUCGGCCAAGCGGCUCGGCGUCAUGUCGAAGCUCGACGAGGCCAAGGACAAGCAGCAGAGCGCGCAUCGACAGCGCGAGGCGGACCGGCGGCGCGCGAGGAUGGAGAUCCUGGGCGAUGCGGACGUGAUCUGCACGACGCUGUCUGGCGCUGGGCACGAGAUGCUGGCGGGCGUGUCGUUCGACUUUGAGACGGUGGUGAUCGACGAGGCGGCGCAGGCGGUGGAGCUGAGCUCGAUGAUCCCGCUGCGGUACGGAUGCAAGCAGUGCAUCAUGGUGGGAGAUCCGAACCAGCUGCCGCCGACGGUGAUCUCGCAGCAGGCGGAGAAGCUGGGCUACUCGCAGUCGCUGUUUGUGCGCAUGUUUGAAAAGGCGCCGCAGGCGGUGCAUCUGCUGAGCAUCCAGUAUCGAAUGCAUCCGGAGAUCUCGGUGUUCCCGUCCAAGGCGUUUUACGAUUCGAAGCUGCUGGAUGGACCCGAUAUGGCGGAGCUGACGCGGCAGCCGUGGCACAAGUACGAGCUGACGCGGCCGUUCAAGUUUCUGUCGACCAAGGCGCCCGAGUCGCCGGGGCGAUUCCAUUCGAUCAUCAACCGCGAAGAGGCCAACGUGGCGCUGGCGCUGUACGAGCGGCUGCGCACCGACCAUCCGCGCGAGAACUUUGACUACCGCAUCGGCAUUGUCACCAUGUACAAGGCGCAGGUGUUUGAGCUGCGGCGCACCUUCCAGCAGCGAUACGGCCAGGACAUUGUGGAGCGCAUCGACUUUAACACGGUCGACGGCUUCCAGGGACAGGAGAAGGACAUUAUCAUCCUCAGCUGUGUGCGUUCGGCGGCGGAGCCGCGCAGCAUCGGAUUCCUGAGCGACCGACGACGUCUGAACGUGGCGGUGACGCGUGCCAAGAGCAACCUGUUUGUCAUUGGCAAUGCCGAGCAUCUGCGACGCGGCGAUGCGAUCUGGGAAAGCCUCGUGGCGACCGCCGAGCAGCGCGGAGCCGUGCAGCCCAUCACGGUGGCCAUGCUGCAAAAGGGCGACCGCACCUUGGCCAAGAACGCGGGCGGUGGCGCGGAGAAGCGUACGCCGCCGAACGCCGCCACCGCCGCACCCUCGCCUGCCCGACCGCCUGCACCUCCAGCUGCGGCUAGCAUCAAGAAGGAGGCCGCGCGGCCACCGGCACCGCCACCAGUGCGACCGCCCGGUAUGCCGCCAGUGCGGCCGCAGUCGGGUACGCAGUACGCGCCGCCACCCGUGGCGCGGUGGGGCGCGAACGCGAACGGCACCACGCCCGGCCGGCCGGAGGAGAAGAAGCGCAAGACGAUCGUCACCGAUGCGAACGUUGCGCCCAAAAAGCCGCGCGUCGACAAUGCCCACGCCGGUGCGGCUUCGCGGCCCCACCCAGCGCCGUCGCGACCACCACCGCGCACAGGUGCACCGGCCAACGACCUGCCUGCGGGCAAACCGCGUGUGCCCAGCGCUGCGCCCAGACCCUCGCCGACGGGUGCCAAUGCGAGCGCAAACGCUCGCGGGCUCGCGGCGCUGCCCAAACGACCCGCGAGCCCGCCUAAACCGUCGAGCGCCGCACUCAACGCGCUGUUUGUCAAGAAGCGGCGCUAG